AGAAAACCUAAUGUAUACAGUGAAAUAAUUACCAUCUACAAUUUCUAACAAAUAAAAUAAUGACAGUCAUUUUCAAGUGAAGCGCCAUUUCUUUAUCACAUAAAUAUAGAAUUUAUUUAUGUAUAUACUUAUUACAGUUAUGAUGCAAUUUUCGAAUCAUUUAGCUGUAUAUUUGGUUUAUUGCUGCCCUAUGUAUUUCUUCAUAAUCUACAUUUAAUGGAUCGCUUUUUGGAAACCUAAAUCUGAUCGAACUAAAUUCUUUCAUAUAUUUAACGGAAUUAUGUUUGUAAUUUGCCUACCCAUUUUUUUUGGUGUAUUCUUUGCAGUUUUUCAUCCAACAGCGUCUUUAAAUUUCAAAUAAGCUUAAAAUUGUUAGAUGACUGGAUAGCUUAGUAAUUGGAUAGAGUCUACUGAGAAAUACUCAAUUCUUUAUAUCAACUUUGAAUACGAAGGGGAAAAAUACCUAGGAUAAGCUUGUGCUUCUAAUUUCUUCUAAGCUAAAACAACUAGUCCUAUCCUUCCUUAUAAAUUUUAUUAUAAAAAUGAUUUAGUUGCAUGUGGUCCUACAGAUGGAAAUUAAACAUCUCCACAAAAUAUUCAUAGAUUAUUACCCUAAAAUGAUAAGAGUCAAAUUCAAAUAAAUAGUUAUCAAAGACUUCUAAAAUCAGGUAGUCGUAGCAGUAGUCGUAGUCGCAGUAAUAGCCGUAGUCGUAGUAGCAGUAGCAGUAGCAGUAGUAGCUCUAGCUCUAGUUCUAGUUCAUCUGGUUCUUGUUUCAGAAGUUACAUAUGGAGUAAUGUUAAAAUAGCUAGCUGGCUGUGCCAGGAUAGUGACUUCUACGUAGAAGAUUAUAUGUAUCCUCAGGAUUGCUAUGUUAACUUUUUUAGUGGGAAUGAAGCAUUUGUGAACGGUUUAUUAAGAUCUCCAAUGAAAGACAUAUAUAACUUUCCUUUGGUAGCGUAUUAGCCUAACGCAUACUUUCCUGAAAUCGAAUUAGUAUGCUUGAUAUUAUUUAGCUAUUAUAAUUGGGUAUUAUCAUUUAAUUCAAUAUUUUUGUACACCACAAAUUAUAUUCUCUAAAAGAUGAAAAAGCUUAGAAAGUAAAUGGUUGCUCUAGAACUAAUACCAAGGUUUAAUAAAAACCGAAUAUUAAAGGAGUAAUCUAACUAAGAUUUACUAAAAUUAAAGCAAAAUAUAAAUUAAAUAGAUUAACCAUAAAUAAAUGCUGUUAUCAAUAACUAGAUUAAUACUAUACAUUAGCUUUAAUAAGUAGAAUUUCAAAUACUACCUCCAAACCAAGAUUAAAAAUAAAUAAAUUCUUCACCAUAAUAAUUGAAUUAAGUUCAAGAUUAUAUAAAGAGUAGAGCAACUUAGUAAAAUAAUAUAUAAAGUGAAGAUAAUAUUUAUAUAAAACAAAUUGAAAUUUAAAAUUUGAAGGCAAACAAUGAAAUACCAGCUCAUACAAUAGCUGGAGUAUAAUUUUAACUAAAUCUGGAAAUUGAAUAUAAUAUUAUUAAACAUGAUUUUGCUGAUAAUUAAAUUUAAAAAUCUACAUUUUGACAAUACUGUCUAUUACAUUCUUUG